AAAUAUAGAAUGCAGAUACUUAUCCUCCACGAACCAUUUUCAAGCAGCACUACAACCAACACUUCUGCCAUCAAAUUAACCAUCAUAUAUCCCUGCAACUGCCUCCAUGGCAUCGACGGAUAAGUCAGCUAACCCGGAAACCGGUAAGGAAGUUCCACCACCAAAGGCCUCGUACGGAGACACGCCUCCUCCUCCUCCUCCUCCAAAAGCAGUUGACUUGUUUGCAGUCGAUGUGGCACUUAGGUUCUUGGUGUUUGCAGCAUCACUAACAAGUGUAUUGGUCAUGGUAACUAGCAAGCAGACGGUAUUCCGAGGCCCUAUCCCGUUAAAAGCCAAGUUUGAUCACUCUCCUGCCCUCAUAUACUUUGUAGUGGCACUAUCAGUUGCAGGCCUCUAUGGUAUUCUUACUACACUAGCAUCCCUUUCAGUCAUCUGGAAGCCAAUAUUCUCAACCAAGUUCUUGCUCCACUUUGCAUUUUGGGAUGUGCUGAUACUGGGUCUAGUGGCCUCUGCCACGGGUACCGCCGGGGGUGUUGCGUAUAUUGGAUACAAGGGCAAUGAACAUUUGCAGUGGAACAAGGUUUGCUCUAUUUUUGACAAGUACUGCAAACAUCUAGCAGGCUCCCUCGCUACGUCGUUGUUUGCUUCGGUUUUGCUGGUCCUUCUGGUGUGGCUGUCAACUUUCUCACUCCACAAGAAAAUUCCCAAAUAGAGUUGGUGAAAUAUAUAUAUCGCUUCAAAUUGUGUGAUGUGACUUGUGAGCGUGUCUCAUAUUGAAUCUUAGUAUUGGAUUUGGGUGAAAUAUAUAGUUAACGGUUCUCUAUAUGUUAUGUAAAUGUUGUCUAUAGUAGGGUAUUGAACUAUUGAUUCUAAAUUGUCUUGUAUUAUUUGUAACACUCAUAGUGGAGAGUUAGCGUGUGGAUUUCUGUAAUAUAUGCUAGAGUACUUAUCAGUUUUCCGA